AGGAGGGCGCUGAAGAAUAAUCAAAUCAUUGAAGCGAUUUAGUUUGUCCUUCUGUCUGCGGUUUCUGUCUUCGUUUUAUUUUGACGUUUGCAAUGUUUUCCGAAAUGAUAAUUUGGUAAUUUAUUAAUAAGAUGCAUUUUGAAAUUGAGGAGAUCUGGUAAUUUCCUAGUGAUCAGAUACGUGGGAAAAAAUUUUUAACAUGUAGGAUAUUUACUUAUUGCAAGUGAGUGUACUGAAGGAGAUAUCUUCUGUUAUCACAAUGCCAGGCAUCAAAGAAGAGAUUAAUGAAAGUGAUGGAGAAGAAUUGGAUCAAGAUUCACCAGAGAGUGAAAAAACUAGUAAUGAAGAAUCUGAUUCAAUAUCUGGAUCAGGAACUGAAGAUGAUGAUAGUUCUGAAAUGGACGAAGAGGACUGUGAAAGGCGAAGAACAGAAUGCAUUGUGGACAUGGCAGAUUUAGAAAAGCAGUUUAUGAUACUAAAAGAACAAUUAUACAAAGAAAGAUCUACUCAAAUUGAUAAAAAAUUAGGUGAAGUUAAAACAGGUCAAGCACCUGAAUAUCUACAGCCUUUAGAAGAAUUACAAGAAAAUAUGAGAAUUCGUACAGAGGUAGCAGGAAUACUUAAAGAAUUAAAAAUGACAAAUAUUAGGAAUAAACAUGAAGCAGAAAAACUUGCUUCUGAGCAAAAUUUUGAGAGUGAAAAAUCAUUAUUAAAAGAUUCAAUAAAAUGUGAAUUAGAAGAAAAGAUUCGUCGACUUGAAGAAGAUAGAAAUAGUAUUGACAUAACUUCAGAUUUAUGGAAUGAACAAGUCAAUCCUAAGAAAAAUAAAAGGAGAACAGAUCCAUUAAAUCCAGAUAAAAGAAAAAAACCAGUAACUGUUUCAGGGCCAUAUAUUGUAUAUCUCUUGCAUGAAAAUGAAAUUUUAGAAGAUUGGACAACAAUUAGAAAGGCAUUAAAGGCAGCAAAACAGAAAAGUGAUUAUGAAUUUGCUCCUGUGGAGCAGCGUUUCAAUGCCAGAUUUACUGAUGGAAAAUUGUUGUUCAAAGGAGAAUGGUUUCACAAAGGCGAACCAGUUAUAUUAGAAAACAAAACAGAAACUAUUAUGGUUCAACUAAUAUCGAUGAAUACCAGUGAAGUUGUUUUGCAAAAACAAGAUGGAGUUUGUUUAAGGUUAUGUAUUAGUGACUUUCAAACAGGACGAUAUAGCAUUCACCAUUCGCCUGACUAAAUAUGUAAAAAAAUGUAAAUAUUCAAAGGGGGGAGCAAAUUUUUCAUAUAAACAUUUUCAUCAGCUCAGCAAGCAAAAAUCAUAUUACUUAUAUAAAAACAAAAUCUGAUAUCAAAUAUAGAAAGUGAAAUUCAACAAGAAUUUGUACUGUUCAAAUGUUGAAACCUGAUUUUGUUUUACAUUUCGCAUAAACUUCUGUUUGGAAGACUUUUAUACUUCAUUAAAAUGAAGCUAGUUAAUAAAAUGGCAUCCAAAAGAAUUAUUCAUUUUAUUUAUAAUUAUUUUUGAGAAUUCAUUGUUGAGUAAUUUUUGUAAGCUUUUCAGUAACUAUAUUUUUCCAUUUCAUUAUUGAAAUAAAUUGGAAUAUUGGAAAAUUUGUGUGCCUGUUUAGAAUUUAUUCUGUGAAUUUUUUAGUUCAAACAAUAAAAACAAUUAUCACAAUUACA